UUGCUUAUAUACAGAAUGGCAUUGGCAUCUGUCACCGUGACAUCAAGCCUCAAAAUUUACUUAGAUCUGAGCAAAAUGCUAGCUCUUGGGAGUUCCACUAUCAGCUUCAGAGCAAGCAGUGGCUGCAAUCAUUUGCUCAAAGAGCUUCAGCAAAUAUGGAAUGACAUUGGUGAGAGCGCGGCAGACCAAGACCGCAUGUUGUUGGAGUUGGAAAGGGAAUGCUUAGAAGUUUACAGGAGGAAGGUUGAUGAAGCUGCCAAUACCAAGGCACGCCUUCAUCAGUCCGUUGCAGCAAAAGAAGCUGAGCUCGCCACUCUCAUGGCUACUCUGGGGGAACUCAAUAUUGAUUCACCGAUACGGAGAGAAAAGAGAUCAAGUUCUUUAAAAGAGAAACUCGCAUCUGUUGCACCACUGCUAGACAAUCUAAAAAUGAAGAAAGAGGCACGAAUGAAGCAAUUUUCAGAUAUAAGGACACAAAUUGAGAAGAUCAGCGAGGAAAUAUCUGGUUACGAUCAUCUCAACAGUUCUUUGAUCAGUUCAUUAACCCUUGAUGAACAUGACUUGUCAUCGAGGAAGCUAACUGAAUAUCAAGCGCAUCUGCACACCCUUCAAAAGGAGAAGGUGAGUAUAUUAUGAUACGAGCUCACACUGCAAGUUAAC